GUUUCUCUCCUGUUUGCUUCCGUCAACACUAUUUCUUCUCAAUGAAGGCGACAACUACGGCCCCUGCUUCAGCAUCCACCGCGAUACCGGGUGCUUCAUUUCCAUCUCACCAGCGUUCUUCUAGGAUUGCACCGCAUUCUCACAUUCGGGGUCUCGGAUUAGAUUUACAUGGUUAUGCUUCAGUCAAUGCUGGUGGUUUUGUGGGUCAAGAUAUGGCUAGAGAAGCCUGCGGCGUUGUUGUGGAUUUGAUUAAGUCGCGAAGAUUCUCUGGCCGUGCUCUUCUGCUCGCUGGCGCUCCUGGCACUGGGAAGACAGCUCUUGCUCUUGCUAUUUCUCAGGAGCUAGGUACAAAAGUGCCCUUCUGCCCAAUGGUUGGCUCUGAGGUCUACUCGGCCGAAGUGAAGAAGACGGAGGUGCUUGCGGAAGUUUUCCGACGAGCCAUUGGGAUAAGAAUCAAAGAGACGAAGGAGGUUUAUGAAGGAGAACUGACGGAACUUACUCCUACCGAGUCGGAAAAUCCUCUCAGUGGAUACGGGAAGACUAUUUCGCAUGUGGUCAUUUCAUUAAAGACUGUGAAAGGCACAAAGCAAUUACGAUUGGAUCCAAGUAUCUAUGAGGCUAUAAUGAAGGAAAAGAUUGUGGUCGGUGAUGUCAUUUACAUAGAGGCUAAUACCGGUGCCGUCAAGCGGGUCGGGAGGUCAGAUGCCUAUGCAUCUUCGUUUGAUCUCGAGUCUGAGACUUAUGUCCCGUUACCCAAGGGAGAUGUCCACAAACGAAAGGAGUUAGUUCAGGAUAUCACGCUCGGGGAUCUAGACAGUGCGAACGCGCGACCUCAGGCGUGUACUCCAAUCAAUAUUGGUGGGCAAGAUAUCAUGUCUGUGAUGUCUCAUAUUGUCAAGUCGCAACGGACAGAAGUCACUGAAAAGUUGAGGCGCGAAGUUGACCGGGUUGUGAAAGGUUAUGUCGAUCAAGGGGUGGCCGAGAUAGUUCCUGGGGUGGUUUUCAUUGACGAGGUCCAUAUGCUGGACAUCGAAUGCUUCACGUACCUAAAUAUCCUCCUCGAAUCGCCCAUGUCACCCACUGUUGUUCUCGCAACAAACCGAGGCACGUCCUUGGUGCGUGGUACUACAGACAUCAUAAGCGCACACGGCGUGCCUGUCGAUCUCUUAGACCGUUGCCUGAUCGUUAAAACCGAGACAUACACGCCAGAGCAGGUGGCCAAAGUCGUCGAACUUCGGGCGGCAGUCGAGGGUCUUACCUUAGGUGAGGGUGUAUUGGAACGUCUAUCGGUGGAGGGCGCUCGACGCAGCUUGCGCUACGCAAUACAAUUACUCACCCCAGCCUCCAUUCUUGCUUCGCUGCAAGGACGGAAGUACAUCACACUGGAAGACAUCGGGGAGAUGAACGAGCUAUUCUUAGAUGCUAAAACAAGUGCCCAAUCGAUGAGCUGA